UGUAUUUAGUACAAUUUUGUCAGUCUUCAUCCGCUUGCCGGACGAUACGCGUAUUGCGCUCUAAAUUUUUUUAAGUUUAAUAGAAAACACAGUGACAAUGUAUUGCGAUCUACCAGAAUUCGGAAGGUGCUGUUUCUGCAUGCCUCUUAGGAAAGGCGUGUUAGUAUUCGGAUAUAUCAAUCUGUUUUUCAGCGCCUUCCUGGUUGGCUUGCACAGCUACGGUGUUCAUUAUCAAAAAGACGUCUUCUCCGUGUACCACGGCAUCACGACCAGCGUACCCACGGAGCUGAGCAUCGCACUCUACUGCCUAGAAAUUAUACUAACAUCUUUUCUGAUUUAUGGUGCUCAUAAGAGAAUAAUCUCGUACAUGAAAUGGUUCUACUAUUUCACGGUGACGACAACUGUUGCGGCGAUACUCAUACAGAUACUGGAAUUCACAUCGUAUCGUUCGUUUGGAUUUAUCAUCGAAGUGUGCCUCUUCAGCGCCAGCGGACUGUUCAUACAAAUAUACUUGAUCCUUCAUGUGAGGAGUCUCAUCAAGAAACUCGAAAUGGAUGGCCCUCAUCUCUACGACAAUCCUCUUCAUCAGAUCGUCACCGGAGAAGCGAAGAUCGAAUCAAAUGGAAUUUACAACAACACUACCGUGGAACCAAAUACAGUAUAAGUCUUGUUAAUUUUAAGAUUAUUAAUUAAUUUCGCUAUCGUCAUUUUUAUUUUUAUUUCAAGCUUGGACUUUGUAUCUUCAGUUACAUGGACUGGAUUCAUAUAGGAAGUCCUGUAAUUUAAGAGUCAGGUCCAAAGGUUACUAAAUGUAAUGAUUACCGUGCUAUAGUAAAACCGUGGUAUGGCUUUUAGU